GAGACCGGGUAGCGGUGACCCAUAACAUAAAUGGGGUCAGACAAAAACUUGUUCUGUUGUUAUCCAGUACACAAGUGGUUACACCCGCGUGUUUGUCAACACAAGUUCUAAGAAUUAAUUCGUGAUCGGGAGAGAAUGUCAACGACAACUUAUGAUAAUACAUGUCGAUGUGCAGACUGUCAAAGUUAUUCGAAUCAUGUAGAAAAUUCAUCAAGUUGUUCGGGUUGUGAACUACCAUCGGCUGAGUGUAAAAACGAUUCAUUUCACCAAACGUCAGUUCUUUACAGCACGCAAUCUGACUACGUCAAAUCGUCACUACUGCCCACUAAGUGGCCAUCUCUUCCAGAUUCACUUUUAACUCUGAAUGGUCCCCAAUCUAAACAGGAAUAUACUGUAAAACAGAAGCAGCUUUCAGCCAGUACUGGACGGAUACCGCAGAUGUCUUCUCUUGAUGAGGGAGAAAGCGUCAUAUCACAAAGUUGCCCUCCUUUAAUACCACACUGCACGUGUCGGGCACAGGCAAAUCGUCCAAUUGUUUAUGUAACAUUUGCAGAAUCAAGCAAGAGGCACGAAAACGAAGUUGUAGAGUUAUGUCUUUUGUGCAAUGGAGCAGGAUUUACCGUUAAGUGCGACAGUUACAGGGCGUUACAAGAAAGUGGCGAGUUGAAUGUUAACCAGUGGCGAGACCAAAACUUUCGGCGCGCUGCCUGUGUCUUAUUUUGCGUUUCUCCAGCUUAUAUUGGACUAAUUAAAAAUCUGGAGGAACCCCAAGCUGUCGCAGAAGAGAGUGACCACUCUAAGGGAACAGUGUAUAUUUAUAAUUUAGCUCGAGCCGAACUAGUUGACAGCUGCUGUUCGAACAAACGAUUUUUCUGCGUUCUCUUUACAAACACAGGAAUGAAUCUGACAGUUCCUCCGUGUUUUACACCCUAUUCAAAAUUCAGGUUUCCUGGAGAAUCACAAACUCUGAUCAAAGCAAUGCAAGCCCGCCAUAGUCCUAAUCAGGAGCUGCAUUAAUUAAUAAUGCAAUUUUGUUAAUAAAACACUAAACGUU